AUGAGUUCAACAAUUACAAAUGAAAAUACAUUAACAACAAAAAAUCCAUUACAGAAUUCUUUAUCAGCUGAUCGUAUUCAUCAUGAUAAUUUAAUUUCAUCAAGAUUUGCUGAAUCACUUCCCAUUAUGCAAAUUAAUAGUGAAGAAACAACACCAAUACGAUCAAAUUUAUCUCGUUUUCCUGAGACCACAGAUAUCACUCAUCUGAAUGAUGAAAGUCUUAAUAGAACAAAUCUUCAAACAGUCUUAACGAGUUAUUCGGAAGAACAAAGUGUUGAUGAAAGUAAUCAUUCUAUAUCUGACAUAAAUAAAGAAAACGAUAAACUAGGACAAACAAAACAUCUCAGUCGAUGGGAUGAUGCUUUAGAAAAACAUAAACAACAACAACAACAACAACAAGAAAAAAAUGAAAUUCCUGUAAAAGAUGAAAAAAUUGAUAAUACUUCUGUUCCUUCAACAUGUUUACCAUCUUCGACAGAAAUAAUUCAUGUUGAAGUACAAGAAUUUAAACCAACAUCUAUUAAUGAUCCAAUAUUUUCCGUUCUUCGUAAUCUAUUUAUACGUUCAUUUGAUGAAUAUUAUAAACAAAUUGAAGCUCAAUUAAAUUUAAAAACUGAUAAAACUCUUAUUCAAUGGCUUGAUGAAACAUAUAAUGAUGAACAAGAAUCUAUUUUAUCAGGAAAAUAUCGUUGUUUUAUUUUAUGUAGUAAUCAAUAUCAAGAUUUAAAAGAUAAUGUUGUAGGAUUUUUAACAUUAAGAGAAGAAACCGAAGGAUCAAUAUACAUUGCUCAAGUAGCUGUUCGACUUGAUGUUAAACGACGAGGUUAUGGAGUUCAAUUAUUACAACAUUUACGUCAUGUUUAUCCACCAAAUACUUAUUAUUGGGGUUUAUGUCGACGAGCUAAUCGACCAGCUUUACAAUUUUAUCUUAAAAAUGGUGCAAAAUUUAUGAAUAAUGAUGAUGUAGCAACUAAAUAUGGAUAUGAUCCAACAUUAUAUGCCGGUUUUGAAUUUUUCGAUCCUGUUUCAGUUGUUGUUCCACAAAUAAAAACAAUGCUAAAAACAGAACCAAAUAUUAAUAAUUCUGACCAACAACCAACAAUAACAAGAACAGCAGAAGAUAAUGAAAAUCCUUUAUUGAAAAAUAAUACUGAAGAAAAUCAAGAACAACAAAAAAAGAAGAAAAAAACAAAAUUAGUCAAGUGUUGCAUUAUAUCAUGA